AUGUCGAAGCGCGGGCGCGGAGGCACGUCAGGCAACAAGUUUGCGAUGGCGGUGGGCUUGCCCGUGGCCGCCGUCAUGAACUGCGCGGACAACACGGGGGCGAAGAACCUCUAUGUUAUCUCCGUCUGUGGCUGGGGCUCUCGGCUGAACAAGCUGCCGUCUGCCUCUUGCGGAGAUAUGUUCAUGGCCAGCGUGAAGAAGGGCAAGCCUGACCUGCGCAAGAAGGUCACCCCGGCAGUGGUGGUGCGGCAGCGGAAGGCGUGGCGGCGGAAGGAGGGCACCUACAUAUACUUUGAGGACAACGCGGGUGUGAUCGUCAAUCCCAAGGGCGAGAUGAAGGGCUCUGCCAUCACGGGACCCGUUGCGAAGGAGUGCGCCGACCUGUGGCCGCGCAUUGCCAGCGCUGCCAACUCCAUUGUCUGA